ACGGGCAGUGAUCGAUCCAGUGGGUGUUGAUUUAUCGCGUAUAGUCUAUUCGCGAUAAAUCGACUGCCGAGCGCUCUCCUGUCGACUCCGGUACUCCACCGGAGCAAGAGAUGCAGGCAGAGUCGCUGGGGGAGCUGUGAAGACACCGCGUCUUACCCUCUUAGCCAGAAGAAAAACUACGUGCACCAUUAACCCUGUGGAGCAUUGCAAGUCAAUCCAAUGGCGUCCUCUACUGCUGUGCCUGUAGGAUUUCACUAUGAAACAAAAUAUGUUGUUCUCAGCUACCUGGGGCUCUUGUCACAGGAGAAGCCACAAGAGCAACAUCCUCCCUCGACUCCAGGGCCCCAGCAGUCUGUAAUACCACAAGCUCUGGAGAAAGAGGUUCUAGAGAAGCUUAAGACAGAAAUUGAGGAGGAGCUAAAACACCUUGAUGAAGAAAUUUUGGAAGCCUUCACCAGCACAGGGUUUGACUGCCACACUUCUCCAGUAUUCAGUCCUGCCAAUCCAGAGAGUUCAAUAGAAGAUUGCUUAGCUCAUCUUGGAGAGAAGGUGUCCCAGGAACUGAAAGAACCUCUUCACAAAGCCCUACAGAUCCUGCUUAGCAAGCCAGUGACGUACCAGGAAUACCGAGAACGCUCUCUGGAGACAGACUCUCAUGCCAGUGGAUGGAGCAAGGUGUUGGUGCCUCUGGUUCUGCUGCAGCAGUUCCUGAUGGAGCUGACAAAACGAGGCCAGGAGCCACUCGGUGCGCUUUUGCAGUUUGGAGUGACAUAUUUAGAAGACUAUGCUGCAGACUACAUCAUCCAGCAAGGAGGAUGGGGUACUGUCUUUAGUCUGGAUUCUGAAGAGGAGGAAUACCAUGCAAUUGCAGAGGACAGCAAUGACAUCUACAUCCUAACCAGCGAAAACUCUGGACAGGUGAGCCCCCCAGAGUCUCCCACAGUGACUACGUCUUGGCAGUCAGAGAGCCUGCCUGUCUCUUUGUCAGCUAGCCAGAGCUGGCACACAGAGAGCUUGCCAGUAUCUCUUGGACCUGAGUCCUGGCAGCAGGUGGCUAUGGAUCCUGAAGAGGUAAAGAGCUUAGACAGCAAUGGAGGCGGUGAAGAAAGGAGCGAAAAUAACUCUUCCAACUCUGACAUUGUUCAUGUGGAGAAGGAGGAGAUACCAGAGGGGAUAGAGGAAGCGGCAGUGUCAUCGGUGGCCCUGGAGACUGAGACUGCACAGGAGGGGUUCCUGGAAUCCCCUUCUUUGCUGGAGAUGAAGUCUGAAGCUGAGAUUGUGGCUGUUGAAAAAGCAAUCCCUUCUGCACCUUUGCUUACAGAACAUGAGGAAGAGGGAGAGGUGGCUGAGGAGCCUGUUGAACCAGAAAUCCCCAUGUUGAGUAAACCUGUACAGAAACCAACCCCAUCAGAAGAAAAGUCUGCACCAGAACCUGAGAAAAUACUGCCUCCAGAAGGGGAAAUGAAAGUGGGGAAGGAGAGCCAUUCGAAAGAAAUGGAAGAGAAAUCCCCAGCUGGAGAGGAGAAACCCAUCCUGUUGCCAGAAGGCAAAUCUAUACUGCUGUAUGGUGGGGCUGCUGCAGUAGCUAUUCUGGCUGUGGCAGUGGGAGUAGCACUGGCGCUGAGAAAGAAGUAAUGGGGCUCUUUUGCUGAGGAGGGGGGAGAAAGUGGGAUCCAAAUUUUUUAGUUGCAUUAACUAAAGGUUCAGCUGCCUGCUGUUAAUUGGACAUUUGUAUAACUUAAACGGUGAUGGGGUGAGGUUAUUUGAUAAGGCUAAGGCUAUGGACAAUCAUGUUUUUUAGUAGAAUUGGAGUGGAGACUGUUUUUGUUUUUGUUUUUUUCCUGAUUAAAGUACAGGGGUAUUUUAAAAAUAUCAGUUCUGCAAAUUUCAGAACCGAGCACAAGUGCUGAGGAAAGGGGGUGCUUGUAUACUGGAAACUGGAACAGAAAAUUCCAGGGGCAGGAGAGGGCCGGUUGCUGCUAACCCCUGGAAUUUUUAGCUUCCCUGACUGAGCUGUUGUUGCAGCUACCUUGUCUUGUCACUUCCCUUUGUGCCCCUUAGACUCUCUUAAAAACAAACAUACAAAAUAAACCAGCCACCUUAAUCCUGUAGCAUGAGGCUGGUCUCCCUUUUGUCUCAGCUUCCUCUCAGGUACUGCAUUUCUCCUAACCUCCUAGGUUCCUUCUAAACCCUAGCUGGGAGAGUGCUCAUACUAUACCUCUUUUCUCACACCUGUUUAGCCCCUUAUGCUUCCUGAAGCCCCAUCUUGUAAAGAUGCUGCCUCUAUAUAUCUGUUUUCUCUGAGUGCUCUGAUGUUGGUGGGAGAGAUGCACAGGCCUCCACCUCUGUGCUACGGGAGUGUGGAGGAGAUACACUACUGUUUGCUGAUCUGAGAGAACCUUUGGCUCCCUCUUGUGCAUCCCACGUUACUGCCACAGAUCAGUCACCAGAGAGUAUGACUCUCAUUUGGGUCACUGUGCCAUUUUCAUAAGGUCUUGAUGCUAGUGCUUAUUUAGUGGAUAAAAUAUGACUACCCAGGAUUUAUAGUGGAAUUCAAAACACUGUGAGGCUGACAUCACCUGUGAAAUCAAAGGUUAAAUGGUUGCUUUGUCCUUAUCUUGGGCUGCAGUUCUAUAUUUUCUUGCAUGAGUUAAGUACAGAGCGUAUUUAGUCUUAACUCAGCCUUGGUUAUGACAAACUGCCAGAAUCCUUGAUAUUCAAAGUAACUGAUGCUAGUAACUAAACCAAACAGCAUUAAAUAUUUCCUUUGUUGUUUGCCUGUGGCUUCUGGCCCUAGGGUGAAUGACGUUCUGGGAGCCAGCGUGGUGUAGUUUCCUAAUGCAAGUUUUGCGCACUAUGCAGAAAUAAUUGGUAAAUGUUCCUAAAUACUUUGCAGAUUCAGUAAAUGAUAAUAAAGUUACUUUGGAAAAAAAUUCUAACCCCCUUCGUCACAACCUUUGUUCUUAAAAUUUAUAAGUGAAAUCUUUAAAGUAUUACCAUGUGCAUUAGUUGGCCCAGAUCAACCACACGUGUUCCUGUUUCAUAGAGUGUAUGUGUAUAUGAAUGCAUGUGUGUACUGCAGCUUUAUGGACAUGGUCUUUGAUUCCGUAGGUAAAACUAGUUUUCUUUCGGUGUAUAUGCUGGCUCGGGAUAGAUGGAGGUAGGUGAAAAGGAACUUGGGAUAAAGUGAAAAUGAAACCAUAACGUACGAUUUUUAAAGCAUAAGACAACCUAUUUUAUUUCUGACUAUCUUACUUGCUGCCUAGGAUAUAAUGGACCUGUCUUUUACUAAUAAUUGGGCUGAGAAUAGUGUAUUCCUUUUUGUCUUGAGCUUUUUAUUUUCAAGUGAAAUGAAUUUGUAUCUCUGUUCCUGUCCCUUCCCACCCCAAAAUGCUGGCAGUUGACAAAACCCAGUAGUCCACGAAUUUUGCACUCUAAUCUUGAGCUAGGGUGGGUUUUGUAGAUAGGCUUCUAGAGGUUUGAGUUGAGGGAUUUUUUCUGAGGAACAGAGAAUGGUGGGGAAAGGGUUAUUAAAGCUGGUGCCCAUUACUGUGGAAGGAACCUGCUUAGCUCAGGAAUUUUGGGCUCUGUUGAUCACAUCCCUGUAUAUAAGCUGGGCUACUUUUACUCCAUAAAAAUUGUAGCAGGCUGGCCUUAGAAGUCUUUGUUGUAAAAUUGAACUAGUUCUUUUCCCAGACACUUCUAGGUGCUCUGGUUGGGAUCCUCAUUGCUGUGCAGUGAGUGUGCAGUCUCGUCCUAGCAAGUAUUGCCUCAUGCUGCAUAGAUUUUUUUUUUGCGAGGGUGCAGUUACAAUAGAGUGACAUUGCUGUUUUCCUUGCCAUAGCUUCCUUCUCUUACCUCCCUUCUCGAGAGCUCUCUGCUGUAGAUAUUUUAUAGGAAGGACUCCACUAUUACUUGUGUCAGAGACAUGAUACAAUUUCCCGUUUAACUUCUAUUUAACUUACUAAAAUCAGAAGCAUUUAAAAUGAUACGAGUCCAAUAAGUAGAAACUACCCCAACCACAGUGGGGCUUUUGUUGUUCAAUGUCUAGUUCUCCUCUGUGGAAGGUGUUACUCUAUUCUUCUGUUACUUAACUUUAUCCACACCCGUGUGGUAGGCCCCUUUACUAGUUUACAAAGAGCUGCUGCUGCCUCCUUCCCCUGCAUGGUCCUUGCAGGCUGUUCUUAUGGCUAGGGCUGCGAUCAUCUCACUAGUGACAGUGAAAUUUUGUCCCUAAGGUAAUAUACUUUUAUGCUUGGCAAAUUUGAGACAGACAGGAGAGCCCCCCUCUCCUUAGUCUCAGAGUGGGUGCUAAAACUAGCCUCAGCUUUAGGUUAAGAUUGGAGUACAUUUCCCUGUGCAUUCUGGAUAUUAGUAUGCAAAUUGUGAAAUGCGUUCUUCUCACCCCACCGUAAAAGUUUCCUGUAUUAGAUAUUCAUACUGGGACUGGAGAAGAAUAGUUUUUUACAGGCCGGGGGAGGAGAAAUCAUUUUCUACUAAGUUGAGAGCAAUAGGGAUACAAGAUUCAAGCAUGUAUUGUUAAAUUGAAACACGUCUUCCAUCACAUUAACACAAACUUUUCCUACUGCGUACGAUUGUUCACUGGUACUCUAGUCCCACACUGACAACAGUGGGAAAGGGAGAGGAGAAGGCAGUGGCAGCAGCAAAUAAAUCCUUGGUUAGGAUUUUGUUAAAUAUUCCUCCCUCCCCAUCAAGAAAAUGCUCAGGGCUUUGACUGACUUCUACUUCAGUGGAAAAGCAGCCACAAUCCCUGUUUUGGAUUCGUUAUUCCCUGAUGAUGAUUCCCCUCAUCAGUUCUUUCUAAGAAGUUACAGUUGGGAAAAUAUUCUCCUCCCACAGUAGACUAUACAUUUGCAUCUCCAUGAGUUCCCACUAAGAAUACGGACUCAAACCUUUUGGGUUUGAAGCAGUUGUAGCCAACCCUAGCUCUGGCCAUUUGGUGGAAGUGAUCCAAUGAGGGGCGAUAAACUUAAGAGUACAGUUUUAUUGUCAUGGGUUUGGAGGCCAUGCUUUUGCUCUAAGGUUGAUUGUGGAUUUGGAAACAGGUAGACUUGCUCCCUCUCUUUUAAAGUAUGUUAAGGCAAUCCUGAACUGAAGGUGGUGCUGAUGUGAAGUGUGCUGGUCAUCUCUCCGUAAUAGAAUGCUUACAGUUGGUAGAGGGGGAGACAUUAUCUAUGUCAUUCAUUGUAGUGUUAUGUUUGUACUGUCAUUCACAUUAGUAUUACUUGCCCUCACCCGCUUUUCCAAAACUAAGUGCCUCAGUGGGUUUGACCUUAAUGAAUUUUCUACCUUGAACCUUUUCUUGCAUCUCUCUACAUUUGUCUGCUGCACAUCCUCAAGCUGUCAUAAAACUACCAAGCAUUAGUAUUUUUUAGCUGUAGCUGUAGACUGCUUUACAAACCGUUUCUCCCUUUGUAAAAAGUGGGACACAGCCAGAUACUCUAAGCCUAGAUCACCCUAAGUCAGAUUCAGAGGUGGGAUAGAACAUAUAGCACUCCUGUUUCUCUGUCCACUGGACUGUGUUGCUUACUACAGCAGCAGCUAUUCUCAAAUUGCUCAGGCUGCCUGUAGUAAGCACAACAUGGCCAGAAACUACUUUUGAAAGCUAGCUUUGUGUUUGGUAUUUAAAAAAAAAAAAAAAAACCCACCACAAAACCCCACCCUCCUGAGACAGCUGUGCUGCCAAAACAAGUAUAGACAUGGCUUUCAGAACUCUUCAUUCUAAGGAUGAAAUCUCACAGGCCUCUCCAGCUGAAAUAUAUGCAGAUGAAUUAUUCCUUUGUCUGCUUCUCUGUACAUUCCCUUAUCCAGUGGGUUACAGGGGAGAAAUUUUGUAUUCUACAGUGGACUGUGGUGAUGUGUGAAACCGAAAAUAAAACUGCGUUUCUUUCCCCAGCAGGAAGCUGGGAGAGCAGUAGAAGCGGUGUAUGGUUUUAAUAAAUUGGUUAAUUUUAGCACUGAGAGGCAAGUGACAUUACUUUGAGCCUGGCUGUAGUUGUGCUUGAGAGCUCAGCGAAGGCCGUUCCAAAUAAGAGAGAGCGCAUUCUAAACUACGACCAGUUUGCUGUGGGACAGGUACUUCACAGGGCUAAUGAUUACAGGUACGGCAGCCAUUGAAAGUACCAUGUUGGAGUAGGCAGUAUUUGAGUCAUAUGCAGUUGUUCCCGGGUUGGGAUAAUCACAUUUGCUGAGGUUAAACUAGAGCCAGGUUAGUAGCUAUUUAGCUGGAAAAUCAAAACCACGCACCGUAGAGCUACCACCUAUGGCUAAGGCAACUGAACACUUGAUAUAGUCCAUGUUCAUUGCUUUGCUUUUUAAAGGGUUUUCUAUCAUUUUAAUUUAUCCUUUCUCCUAUUUACAGUUGACCCUCCUUAGGUCCCCUAGGCAGACUGCAGCUAAUACCCAUUUGUUCCCUUGUAGCUAGUAGCCUGAAGGCAUGCUGUAGAAGGGAGCUUCGAUGCCUAGUUAAAAUUUGCAUCAAAAGCAGCUUGAUUUCCUUGCUCUAGCUGCUGGAAAAGUGAAUUGUCUGACCCAAGACUGACUUGGGCAGAGCAGGUGCAAUCAUUGCUAUGCAGCUGUGGAUCUCUCCCACACUCCUGGUUUUCUGACUAAACAGUAGUAAGCCCUCUUCUUCUUUGAACAGUACAAGGCUCAAGACCCACUCAGACUAAGAGAGCCCCUUGGUUUGUUACACAAGCAGCAGCAUUUAAUGGUGUACUUACAGGCUUCCUCUAUGCUUCCAUUCUGGUAGGUUCCCAGAAAUGCAGUCAGCUGACUUGCAGAAGAUGCCUUCACAUCUUCCAGCAACCUUUUUUUUUUAACAAGUAAGUGCAGCACUUGGAGGUGGGGGGUAAUAACCAAAUGGCACAAGAGGCUUCAGACAGUUUAAUUAAAAUAUUAUUUUCACAGUGUUAAAGUUCUCUCCAGCUCCAAAGCUCUAUAAGUGAAAUGUUAUGUACAUUUUUUCCUUCCCCAAAUGGGACACUGCUGUAAGACCAUGACCCCAGCUUGCACUUUAAUAAAUGGUACAGUUUUCAAAAA